GUCUAGAGUGAAAACAUGCAUGGUUGAUGGGUUCCCAAUUUCCCCAUCUGGGUCAUUUUCAAAUGUCAAUUUCAUAGAUGCACUUGGCUUACAACCAACCUCGUUCAAAGAUAGUGGGUGGUCUAUCUUCUUUCUGCAUAGCUAAAUUAAAAAAAAUAUCAGCUUUCGGAUACAGUUCCUUCACAAAGUUGGAAUAUUUUUGUCCCAAAUCUGAAAAAUUUGACCAUGCUGGCUAAGAAUCUGCUUGCUAUCUUAAUUGUAGCAAUGAGCUGCUUCAGGUUCCUGAGAUUUGCUGAAUCGAGUUUGCCACAGGAAGAAGGUUUGUUCUUUGAUGGUUAUUUUGUCAUGGACAGUUGAUGCUCUUGAAGAAAUAGUUACAACGUUGGGUGCAACAUACUGGAAGUUUAAUAGUGACUCUUGCCAAAUUGAAGUGGUUGGGGUAACACCAGAGCCACCAAAGGGGUCUGAAAGUAGCAUUGGUUGUGAAUGCCAAGGCAACAACAGCACUGACUGUCAUGUCGUAAGGAUAGAACUCAAGGGUUAUAAUCUACCUGGUGUGCUGCCAACUCAACUGUUUAAACUUCCUUCCCUUCGAGAAAUUGAUUUGGCUUUAAAUUAUCUCCACGGUACAGUACCACGAGAAUGGGGUUCAUUGAAGUUAACCUCAAUCUCUCUUCUUGUUAAUCGCUUGUCAGGGGAGAUUCCAGAGGAGUUGGGAAAUAUUACCACUCUCACAUACCUGACCCUUGAAGCAAACCAAUUUUCUGGAGUUGUUCCUCCUCGUCUUGGGAGAUUAUCCAACUUGCAAACUUUGAUGCUGUCCUCCAAUCAAUUGACUGGAAGCCUGCCAGUUACAUUUUCUGGGCUGAGCAACUUAACAGAUUUGAGAAUAAAUGAUAAUAACUUCAAUGGAAGCAUACCUGAUUUCAUACAGAAUUGGAGACAGCUCAACCGAUUAGAAAUGCAUGCAAGUGGACUUGAAGGUCCCAUUCCAAAUAUAUCACUUUUGAGUAAUUUACAAGAACUGCGGCUCAGUGAUAUUCCUGGACCGCAGCAGAAGUUUCCUAUGUUGGAAAACAUGACAAAAAUAAUAAGAUUGGUUUUGAGAAAUUGUAAUAUUUCCGGAGAGAUCCCUUCAUACAUCUGGACGCUGCAGAGUCUAGAAAUGUUGGAUCUCAGUUUUAACAAGUUAGUUGGGGAAAUUCCAGCCACAUUAAACUUGGAACGUAUGAGAUUCCUCUUUUUAACUGGCAACUCGAUGACUGGAACUGUACCAGACUCAACCUUAAAGGGUGGAAGCAGUGUUGAUCUUUCGUUCAAUAACUUCACAUGGCAAGGCCCUGAGCAACCUACUUGUCAAGAGAACAUGAAUCUAAACUUAAAUCUGUUCCGAAGCUCUUCAACUGAUAACAACUUAAGAGGAUAUGUUCCAUGCCGGAACAAUUUCUACUGUCCACGAUAUUCGACUUGUAUGCAUGUCAAUUCUGGUGGGAAUGAUGUCACCAUUGAGGAAAAUAAAAAGAGGAUUCUAUAUGAAGGAGACGGAGGAGUUGAAGGUGGCAGUGCAAAAUAUUUUUUAAAUGAAAACAGUAAUUGGGGAUUUAGUAGCACUGGAGACUUCAUGGAUGAUAAUAAUUUCCAAAAUGCACGUUACAUUGCCACUUUACAGUCAUUGAAUGUCUCUGAAUUAUAUAAAACGGCCCGUAUAUCUCCAAUUUCUCUCACUUACUUUCAUCGUUGCUUAGAAAAUGGGAACUAUACUGUGAAUCUCCACUUUGCAGAGAUACAGUUUACAAAUGACCAAACAUAUAGUAGUCUUGGGAGGCGUAUAUUUGAUAUCUAUGUUCAGGAAAAAUUAGUGUGGAAGGAUUUCAAUAUUGAAGAUGAGGCAAAGAUUGCUGAGAAGCCAACAGUAAAACCUAUAAAUAAUGUUAGUGUGACAAAUAAUGUCUUGGAGAUCGGAUUCUAUUUUGCUGGCAAAGGGACAACGAGGAUUCCUGAUAGAGGAGUUUAUGGCCCCCUUAUAUCAGCUAUUUCUGUGGUGUCUGAUGACAAACGUUGCUCAGAUGGUGGAGGUAACUCCAAGAACAAUGUUCCCAUCAUCGCCGGCGUUGUUGUGGGAGCAUCAUGUCUUGUAUUUGUUAUACUAGGAAUUCUUUGGUGGAAAGGCUAUUUCCAAGGAAGAAGGGGAAGAAAACAAGAUCUUACAGGCCUAGAUAUGCAGACAGGAACUUUUACCUUGAAACAGAUAAAAGCUGCUACCAAUGAUUUUGAUAAUGAGAACAAGAUUGGAGAAGGUGGUUUUGGUCCUGUAUACAAGGGUCAAUUACCAGAUGGAACUGUUAUUGCAGUAAAGCAGCUCUCAUCUAUGUCAAGGCAGGGAAAUCGAGAAUUCUUAAAUGAGAUAGGCAUGAUCUCCUGUGUGCAGCAUCCAAAUCUUGUAAAGCUUCAUGGGUGUUGUAUUGAAUCAGAUCAGUUAUUGCUUGUGUAUGAGUACAUGGAAAAUAAUAGCCUUGCACGUGCUUUAUUUGGUCGAGAAAAUCGGCUUAAGCUGGAUUGGCCGACAAGGCAUAAGAUUUGUAUUGGGAUAGCAAAAGGUCUAGCUUUCCUUCAUGAAGAAUCCAGACUAAAAAUUGUUCACAGAGACAUCAAAACCACUAAUGUGCUGCUGGAUAGGGACUUAAAUCCUAAAAUUUCUGAUUUUGGAUUGGCUAAACUUGAUGAAGAGGAAAAGUCUCAUAUCAGCACCCGAGUUGCCGGGACAAUAGGAUAUAUGGCUCCGGAAUAUGCAUUGUGGGGCCACCUUACCUACAAAGCAGACGUUUACAGUUUUGGAGUUGUGGCCUUGGAAAUUGUUAGUGGGAAGAACAACAAUAGUUAUGUACCAACUAACGAUAGUGUCUGUCUUUUAGAUUGGGCCUGUCAUGCGCAACAAAGUGGAACCUUGACGGAACUGAUUGAUGAGAAUUUAGGCUCGGAUAUAAACAUAAAAGAAGCGGAAAUUACGGUUAAAAUAGCUCUCCUGUGCACAAAUGCAUCUGCUUCGCUUCGGCCGACUAUGUCUGAAGUGGUGAGCAUGCUUGAAGGACGGAUGACUGUUCCAGAUGUGGUCCCAGAACCCAGUAGCUACGGUGAAGACUUGAGGUUCAAGGCCAUGAGAGACCUCCACCGGGAGAGACAGAGUCACAGUUCGAGUGGAAGCCAAAUUCAAAUUUCAACGACGGUUCAUACAUUCAGCUCUACUUCGACAUCUGGCGUUGACAUCUAUGAAACCAAUAGAGAACCCGUAUCCUCCUGACUUUGGUGAGUAAAUGGUGUUAUUCAGCCUCAUACAUGUACUUAUAGUCAAUUAUGUAAACCUCUUAUUAUUCUUUGACACAAAAAUUUUCAACAUUGUUUUUUUAAUAUAAAGAUUAUCGUGUGAGAGUGGGAUGUGAAGAAUUUAUUUUA